AUGGCCCCUUUCAAGACGAUUCUCACAUUGGCUUUGGCCUCCACGGCCCAAGCAGGCAUUACAGUCGUCUGGCAAGGCGGCAGUUGUUCCAACCCAACAGGCCCAACCAUUGACAUUAGCCCCGAGGGAGUCAAUACCUGCACACUGUACAACUUCUUCCCCAACAACGACCCCAGGGGCCACGUCACCGUCACCACGAGCGGUGGUCCCAACGGCGUUGCCAUUUUCCAGCUCCCGCAGAGCCAGGAAGACCAGCACAUCCAGUGCGGUUCAUUACAGGGCAUCUUCCACCAGUCGGGAUGCUACGACUCCGUCACGCCCGCGCUGGAUGUCGUCACCGCCGAGUGCGACCAAACGGGCUGCAAUAACCUGGCCGGCAUCCCGUCAGGCAAGCUAGUGGCAUCCAUUCCGUCCACUCCCGCCAAGAGGGCAAAGCGAGGCGCAGAGGGCAGCUUCACGUCUCGACGACGAGACUCGUGCAGCGGGUCGACGAGUGUGACGUGCGACGACUGCGUUAGCUGUCUCGCCCAGGGUGCUCGGGUUUCGCCCUUCAUCAGCUGCCCCGGCCAAGGCAACUCGUGCUCCGUCCAGCUGUCCCACUCGGUCACGGUGACGGAUUCCUUCAGCAUGUCUGUCGGCGCGGCGGACGUAUUCACCGCCUCGGUGGACGUCUCUCACUCCAUUGCCGUGACAAACGGCGACUCGGAAACCUUUACGGUUAGUCCUGGCCAGGCGGGAUUUGUGCAGUACGAACCACUGGCUCAGUGCGGCACCAAGACUGUACAUAACGGCGACGGCUCCGUCUGCGCGCAGGCCAAGGGUACUUUUAUCCUCGACAACCAGGGCGCCGGUGGUCAACUAUCGUUUGUUCGAUCAAACUAG